ACGCGGGACGCGUCACGUGCCGGGAGACGCAUUGGAGGCUCGUGUACUCUGUCCCGAUCUCCAUCUCUUUCCAUACCCGCCAUCUUGCUCACCGCGUGUUUCCUUUGGGUCCGGACAAACAUCAUAAGAUUAUACACUAUGAAUCAGGAAAAAUUAGCAAAACUACAGGCUCAGGUCCGGAUAGGAGGAAAGGGCACAGCUCGCAGGAAGAAGAAGGUAGUGCAUAGAACAGCUACAGCUGAUGACAAGAAAUUGCAAAGCUCACUGAAGAAACUAGCAGUUAAUAAUAUUGCUGGCAUUGAGGAGGUGAACAUGAUAAAAGAUGACGGUCAGGUUAUACAUUUCAAUAAUCCCAAAGUGCAGGCCUCAUUAUCUGCCAAUACAUUUGCAAUUACUGGUCACGCUGAGACAAAACAGAUAACAGAAAUGCUUCCAGGCAUUCUCAGCCAGCUUGGAGCUGACAGUCUGACAAGUCUUCGAAAAUUAGCUGAGCAGUUGCCGCGGCAAGUUCUGGAUAACAAAACGCCCAAAGCUGAAGAUAUUGACGAAGAUGAUGACGAUGUCCCAGAUCUCGUUGAAAAUUUUGAUGAAGCGUCAAAGAAUGAAGCCAACUAAAAGCUGCUGGCAGAUUAUAGACUGGGAUAAAGACUGUACCAACGAGGAAACUUAUUCCAAAGUUUUACUAUAUUAAAAGUGAAAAAUCACAAGUUUGCAAAUACAGUGAACUAAGGCAUUUUGUAUUUUAAUGAUGCUGAAUACUCAGCAUCUUUCAAUUGGUUGAAAUCACUUGUUUGCAUUUUGCACUUAAAAACAAAAUCCUUUGGUCUGAAAUUUGUAAGACUGAGAUUCCAUCAAAGCAAUCUAAAUAGAUCGCAAAUGAAUUGGAGUGAGCAAGCUCAUGAAGGUCUUAUUUAAGGUUUUCCCUCAUGACAUGCAAAUAAAAUAGAUUGAUUAACUUCUUGUAUAUU